UAUUGAUUUUUUUCUCUAUUAGUUUUGAUAAGCCUAAUGAAUAGCUCUAAAAUUCUAAAAUUUCAUAUUCUUUGAACUCCUUUUGACAUUUGAUAAAAUUUCAAACUCCACCCGCUCUUUCUAUAUUAGAGUUGGAGGUUAAUGUAAUAGCAUAGUGAGGCUGCAGCAACCUUUACACUUUCCUGGUACCGAACAUAAUCAAAUGCUAUCAUCAAUUACUACAAGUUGUUUGGCUCGUAAGCAUACAAUCAUUGGAGGGAUCAUUCAAAUUCAUCACUAUCAUCAACACUUAAACUCAACUCAACAUUAUGCUUCUCUUCUCCAAUCUUGCAUUGCUCGAAAAGCAGUUCAGCCUGGAAAGCAGCUCCAUGCGCAUCUAUGCCUCACGGGUUUAGGCUACAAUAUCAAUUUAGCAACAAAGCUUGUUAAUCUUUAUUGUGUUUGUGACAAAUUGCCGAAUGCCCAUCACCUGUUUGAUAGAAUUCCUAAAGGAAAUAUUUUUCUUUGGAAUGUUUUGAUUCGUGGUUAUGCUUGGAAUGGACCAUAUGAGGCUGCAAUUUCUCUGUAUUAUCAAAUGAUUGAUUAUGGUCAUGUGCCUGAUAAUUUUACUUUUCCGUUUGUACUUAAAGCGUGUUCGGCCUUGUCUGCGAUUGAAGUGGGGAAGGAUAUACAUGAAUAUGCAAAGAGAACGAAGUGGGAUAAGGAUGUUUUUGUGGGUGCUGCUCUUAUUGACAUGUAUGCUAAAUGUGGUUGUGUUGGUAGGUCCAGGGAGGUGUUUGAGAAUGUCGUUGAGAGGGAUGUAGUUGUUUGGAAUUCAAUGCUUGCUGCUUACUCACAAAAUGGUCACCCUGAGGAUUGUUUGGCUUUAUGUGGUGAAAUGGCGUGUGGAGGUAUUAGACCCACGGAGGCGACCUUGGUGACUGCGAUUUCUGCUUCUGCUGAUGUUGCAGCUCUUCGACAGGGGAGGGAGCUUCAUGGGUAUAGUUGGAGACAGGGUUUUGACUCUCUUGACAAAGUGAAGACAGCACUUGUGGAUAUGUAUGCCAAGAGUGGGUCUGUGAAGGUUGCUAGGAUCUUGUUCGAAGGACUCCAGGAGAAAAGAGUAGUUUCUUGGAAUACUAUGAUCACUGGAUAUGCAAUGCAUGGUCAUGCUAAUGCAGCACUUUGCCUGUUUAAUGAGAUGGUUGGCAAAGCUAAGCCGGAUCAUAUAACUUUUGUAGGUGUUUUAUCAGCUUGUAGUCAUGGAGGUCUGUUGAGUGAAGGGAGGAUGUAUUUUGAUUCAAUGGCAAAAGAUUAUGGAAUUGAACCAACUAUUCAGCACACUACAUGCAUGGUUGAUCUCCUAGGUCAUUCUGGUCGCUUAAAUGAGGCUUAUGGACUAAUCACACAGAUGAAAGUUAUGCCAGAUGCUGGUGUCUGGGGUGCAUUUCUUAAUUCAUGUAAAAUCCAUGGUUAUGUGGAAUUUGCAGAAUUGGCAUUAGAGAGGUUGAUUGAGCUUGAGCCUGAUGAUGCAGGCAAUUACGUGAUCCUAUCUAAUAUUUAUGCCCAAGCAGGUAGAUGGGAAGGUGUUGCAAAGCUUAGAGAACUAAUGAACGAAAGAGGUGUGAAGAAAACCACCGCGUACAGUUGGAUUGAAGUUAAAAACAAAGUACAUGCAUUUCUCUCUGGGGAUACAUCUCAUCCUAUGUCUGACGAGAUUUAUGCAGAGCUACAGAGCUUAGGAGCACGAAUGUUACAAGCUGGCUAUGUCCCAAACAUUACGCCAGUUUUCCAUGAUGUGGAAGAUGAUGAGAAGAGCAGAAUGGUGUGCAGCCACAGUGAAAGGCUAGCGAUUGCUUUUGGACUAAUUAGUACACCCCCAGGGACAAAGUUGUUGAUCACCAAGAAUCUCCGAGUUUGCGAGGACUGUCAUGUUGCGAUCAAGUUUAUCUCAAAGUUAACAGAGAGAGAAAUCACUAUCAGAGAUGUCAAUCGCUAUCAUCAUUUCAAAGAUGGCAUCUGUUCUUGUGGAGAUUAUUGGUGAAAUGGGUUCAGGAAUUUGUGAUGAGAAAUCAAUUGCUUCUUGAAGAAAAAUUGGCUCAUCUAACUGAGUAAAGUGUAAAUCAUGAUUGUUUUGUCAAAAAGCAAUAACUCUUUAAUUGUGCCCAUGUUCUUAUUCUCAAUAAAGAAGCAGCUCCAAUUGGUUUCAGCAAAGAGAUAUUGGGUUUGGCCAAUGUAAGAAGAGAACUCGGAUUCGUUCCUGCAAUUAAUUUGUCGCCACUCCUCACUACACGUCAGACAUCAUCUAUUCUUGAAAAUCAUACAUAGAUUUUCCAUGCAGCUUCAGAAAUACAUCUCUAUGUGAGAUAGUUAAUGACCUUAUCAUUGGUGUAUCUCAGUGGUGAAUUACAUUUAGAAUUUGAAACUGUAGCCAGCUCGUACACGGACAUGUUUUUAGUAGGUUUGCUGAUUCUUUUCAUGUAUAGGUAGAGCCCACAUGGUCAAAUGGUCAAAAAACCAAUUCUUCUAUAUUCUCAUCCAAAUUAUACAUCUCAAACAGUUGGUUAUGACCGAAUGCCUAUAUACUCUGAAUAACAUCUUCAGUCUCCAAGCAAACGACUGGCCAUGUUAUUUAGCAUUAGCUACUAAAUCAGGAGCCUGUUGUAUAAGGAAGACUUUGACUUCCCAAGUUUGAUCCAUGAUCUUCAAAACGAUGCUCCCCCUUCGGUUGUUGAUACUUUCUUCACAUUCCUGGUGGCAAUCCACCGCGAACGUAACAAAUGGUUGUACUUCAAUAGUCAAGAACAUUUUCGUUUUAUCAGGACAGAGCAACAUGUUUGGAUGCAGCAGUCUUUAAUCAGACCAGACCAGUCCAGCAGGUACGGUUAAUUUGGUUAAUUUGACUUGGGACGGUGUGGUUCUACCUGAGUGUCAUCCCAACAAAUCCGUCAAUCCUCUGACUUAGUGCAGAACUUACAUAAGCUACAUUGUUAGUUUACACACACAGCCAACUUUUUUCGGUAACAACUUUUAUACAUCUUUAUACUUGUAAAUAAUGUAUCUACCUCCCUUGUAUCCAAGUGUAUAACACGGAAAAAAUUUUCAGAUUCAGUUUUUGAAGAUAUGAACUCAUAACUUAAACUGAAUCGAACGCAAAAAACAGGGGUGAUGUAGUGCCCUAUUUUUAAAGUCUCCUUGAACUGUAAA